UACCUCAACCUCAGUACCGUACCCUCUAAUCACCUUUAUAAAUACCACCCAUUCCCUCUUCCUCUCCACACCACCACCAACCCAACCACCGCCACGCGCCGCCGCAUUCCACUCCCCGGAGACACAAGCUUUGCAUGGCACUGACCCUUCUCGUGUGCGAGGUAUCCGACCUCUGCCUUGGCAAGCCGCCGCUCAGGUCGCUCUCCGCCUCCGCCACCGUCGCCGACGCCUUGGCCGCGCUCAAAGGCUCCGACGAGAGCUUCAUCAGCGUCUGGAGCUGCGACCACCGAAACGACGACGUUGGCUAUUGCCGAUGCGUGGGGAAAGUGUGCAUGGUCGAUGUUAUUUGCUACCUUUGCAAAGAGGACAAUCUCUUGUCUCCUUCUUCUGCUCUCAACAAACCCCUUUCUUCUAUUCUCCCUAAGGACCCUUCUCUCGUCGUGCAUCUCCAACCUUCUUCUAGCUUGUUGGAGGCUAUUGAUCUGAUACUGGAAGGUGCACAGAAUCUUGUGGUGCCAAUAGUGGCAACAAAGAGGAGUGGAGUUUCAAGAAGGAAACAGCAUCAGAGUGGGGUUUCAAAUUCAAGCCACAAUGGUCGUGAGUUCUGCUGGUUGACUCAAGAGGACGUGAUUCGGUUCCUUCUUGGUUCCAUUGGCCUCUUCACUCCACUCCCUGCACUCUCCAUUGACUCUCUUGGCAUCAUCACUUCUGAUGUUCUGGCCGUUGACUACUACUCCCCUGCAUCUUCUGCAGUUGGAGCCAUCUCAAAGUCCCUCACUCAACAAACCUCUGUUGCCAUUGUGGACACUGAUGGGGCCUUCAUUGGGGAGAUCUCACCCUUCACCCUUGCUUGCUGCGACGAGACUGUCGCCGCCGCGGUCGCCACCCUGUCUGCCGGGGACCUGAUGGCCUACAUUGACUGUGGUGACCCUCCUGAGGAUCUUGUGAGAGUGGUCAAGGCCAGGUUGAAGGAGAGGAAUUUGGAGAAAAUGUUGCAAGAUUUCACCAUUUUGUCAUGUAUGGUGGGUGAGACUUCAGCAUCCUCUUCCUCUGAUGAGGAGUCUCCAACAAGGACACUGGCUAGGGCUGGAAGGUACACAAGGUCAUCUAGCUACUCAGCCAGGAUGCUAAGGAAGGCUGAGGCUAUAGUUUGCCAUCCCAAGAGCUCCCUUGUUGCUGUCAUGAUCCAGGCCAUUGCUCAUAGGGUCAACUACUUGUGGGUUAUUGAGGAUGAUUGUAGCUUAGUUGGCAUUGUCACAUUUUCUAACAUGUUGAAGGUGUUCAGAGAACAUUUAGAGACUGUGUAGAUUUUUAGGAUACUGGCUUUGGAUGCUGGUGAGAAGCAUGAACCAAGGUCUGUGAACAUGGCCCUUCUCAUGUAAGAGUAUUGCAAUAUGGCCUGGGAGGUUUGCUUUUUUAUGUGCUGUAUUUCGGUGUGCUUCCUUUCUAAUAAAACUCCCGACAACGCAAUUCUUUGAAAAGGACCAGUUUUUCUCCUGUCUUAGUUUGCUUGAAAUGUUCCCAUGUACAAUGAGACCGUUCUUAUUGCAACGAGAUUUGUGCAUCAUUUUGGUUUCA